AUGGAAACCACAGUGUCAUUGUCGUUUUCCGAGCUCCAGUCCAGCAACAACGAAUCCUUGCUGGAGGAGGGCAGAAGCUGUGCGCUUGAAGCUACCGUCGUCUUAGAUGCAACUAGGAUCGAGUUUAUCGACUCUAUGCUGUUGUAUUCUCGCUUACAAAUCGUCUAUAUUUUCGUGGUGAUACCGAUCAUAACAUCACUGGCCGUCAUCACCAAUGGCAGUUACCUCUUUGUUGUUGCCAAGACUAAGUCAAUGCACACUGUCAUUAACAUCUACCUGUGUAAUCUUGCUGUGGCUGAUGUUUUGUUUUUGCUCUCAUCGUGUGGGAUUUACAUCUAUUAUUACUUCAUUUCAGGCGGAGUAUAUGCAAAUCUUCCAAACGCCGGCACAUUGGACUGUAAUUCAAGUCAAUUUGCAAACAUUUUCUACGUGACAUCCGCGAUUUUAAUCGUUGCGGUUACUCUUGACAGAUAUUAUGCCGUGUGCUACCCACUGAAGCAUCGCAUGUUCUCUAAAACUCGUGCAAUCAAGAUUACGAUCGCUGCAUGGGUCUUCGCAGUCUUGUAUCGAGUGAAGGACGUACUCGUAUUCUGGUACAAGACGAGGGUUUGUGUCAUUUGGCCCGAUUUGCCUCGGUACUCUGAGCUGUCACCUGUCUUGGGAUACUGUGAUACUAUUUUCACCGAGGAAGUCCGUAUUUUGGUGGUUCAUUUCUUUGACCCCUUGCUCUUUGUCCUCAUGAUGUUGGCCAACUCUUUUAUGUACUUCAAAAUUGUGAAGGCUCUGAAAAACCGACCGGCACAGCGAGAUGGCCAGCAAGGGUUGAGCGACAGCGCUGACCGGACGCGUCGCAGUGUUACCCGCAUGCUUCUCGCCAAUAGCAUCGUUUUCUUUAUUUUAACCGCUCCCGAAUUCAUUCAAAAAAGCCUCCAUGGUCUCCAAAAAUUCAAGGUAGAGUUGCCACCCGCACUGACAAAUGUCGUGGGGUCCCAUGUCACAAGUAUAACUACGAAUAUCUUGGUCAACAUCAACUCCAUGGUCAAUCCAAUCAUCUACAACGUCGCCAAUUCCCGAUACAGACAAGCUUACAGAGAGGCAUUCCUACCGUGUCGUCAAACCGCCGAUCGUCAACGUCGAAAACAACUGAGUGGUAACAUUGUUGCCACCAAUAUGACUGUUGAUUCCUGA